CUCCCUCCACUGCGCCGUGCUCCUGCCUCCCACCACCACCACCACCACCACCACCACCGCACCCACCGGUCCACCACUGUCAUUGCCGCGCCGGCCCAAGCUUUGCUGCCCAGGUAGCGCUCGCUCUUGGGCGCUGCUCGUCUGAUGGAGCUCCACAAGUACUGGGGUGUGGGGGGCCGGCGCUGCGGCGCGUGCGAGUCGUCCCCGGCGGCCGUGCACUGCCGCACCUGCGGGGGCGUCUUCCUCUGCACGGCGUGCGACGCGCGCCCCGAGCACGCGAGGCUGGGCCACGAGCGCGUGUGGAUGUGCGAGGUCUGCGAGCUGGCCCCCGCGGCCGUCACGUGCAAGGCCGACGCCGCCGUGCUCUGCGCCGCCUGCGACGCGGACAUCCACGACGCCAACCCGCUGGCGCGACGCCACGAGCGCGUCGCCCUCGCGCCCAUAGGUUCGGCGGCCGCGGCUGCAGCGGUGGAGGCUAUGAUGUUCUGCACCAGCGAGGCGGCGGCGGAGGCCGAGGAGCAGAAGGCGGCGGCCGAGCAGCAGCAGCAAUACGCGCUGAACCUGAACGUGGAGGCUAAGGACAUGAAGCUGGACUACCUCUUCUCCGACCUGGACCCCUACCUCAGCGUCGAGCCCCCGCGCUUCCAGCACGCCGACAGCGUCGUCCCCAACGGUGCCAGCGCCGGCGCCGCCGUUGAGGUGGACUUCACGUGCGGCAUCGGCGUCAAGCCGUCCUCCUAUAGCUCCCACACAGCAACCUCCCUCGCGCACAGCGGCUCGUCGUCGGAGGUCGGCGUCGUGCCGGAGGCUAUCUGCGGCGGCGGGGGCUUCGAGCUCGAGUUCACCCGGCCCAAGCCUCAAGCCUACAUGCCGUACACCGCGACUCCUCCGAGCCACAGCGUGUCGUCGGUGGACGUGGAGGUGGUGCCGGAGCGCGGGGAGUUGGCGGUGGCGAGGCCAGCGCCGUUGAUGGGUGAGGGGAGGGAGGCGCGGCUGGUGCGUUAUCGGGAGAAGCGGAAGAACCGGCGGUUCGAGAAGACCAUCCGGUACGCGUCCCGGAAGGCCUACGCCGAGACGCGGCCGCGGAUCAAGGGCCGCUUCGCCAAGCGGGCGGACCAGGACGCCGACGCCGAGGCCGCCGUGCCGUCGGCUUACAUGCUCGACUUCGGCUACGGCGUCGUGCCAAGCUUCUGAUAGGCCUCGGUCCACGCGCGCGCGCACGGUCGGCACCGCGCUUGACCCGGCACGGCACGGCACCGCGCGCCACUGCGCGCGCGCCUUGUACUUGUAUCGAUGUAUAGGGGAGGACUAGUAAUCCCAUGUACUCUCUUUUUGAGCUAGCCUUUACGUACGCUAGUGAUUUGUAACUUGUAUACUACUACUACUUACUACUAGCAGUCUAGCAUUUUUUGCUAGAAUUAGCCUGCUCUGUUUUUGAAUCUGAAAGAAAUUGUAGUAGCCGCUACUAAUGAACCAUCAAUUAAUCAUCUAA